CUUCAGUAGCUCUCCAAGGGGUCUCUGCCUCAGUGCGUAAAGUUGGGACGGGGCUCCGGACGCAGCGCGCAGCACUUAUUCUCCCACAGGUUCCAUGUGCGUCACCUCUGCGGGAUACUUGACGAGGAUUUCUGAUAUUUUGAUACUACCACCCGCGCGGGUCAGUGACAGAUGAACAACAUUGGCGUUUUGCUGAUGUGAAGGCGUUUUCCCCUCGAACAGAUCAUCUGUCCCGGAGCGCAGAGGGGACAUGGGUCAACUUUAUGGUGCGACUCUUUUACCAUUUGGCGCUAUCUGUGUUGUUUUCCUGUGGGAAUCUGGUGCCAGCUCUAUCAGGACAACGCUUGCAGUGGACACCUCGAGGGCAGAGUGUCCAGAUAGUAAGAUUUUGACCGUGGAGUAUCCCUGUGUCAGAGCUGGGGGGAAGAACAGCACUUGUUUCAGGAGGAAAUGCUGUGACGGAUUCAGGUUUGUGAUGGGCCAGUGCAUACCUGAAAGCGUGGAUGUGUGUGAAGCAUCGCCCUGCGAGCAGCAGUGUACUGAUAACUUUGGAAGAGUUGUCUGCACAUGUUACCCCGGCUAUCGCUUCGACAGGGAGAGACACCGCACCCACAAAUCUCCAUACUGUCUGGACAUUGACGAGUGUGAGCACCCAGGCAGCAGCAUGUGUGACCAUGAGUGUGUGAACACGAUGGGCAGCUUCCUGUGUCGCUGUCACAGUGGCUACAUACUCGCACCGGACCAACGAUCCUGCAUCCCCGUAAACAACUUAAGUUCAUCAGGGAAGUCAGACACCCUAAUGAGUUCUGGUACCUGCUCGUUCACCUGUCAGGACUUUAUGAGCAUGAAAAGCAGUCUGCUGCAGCUAAAGUUAAGGCUGGGCAACACACAGUCACCCAACCAGGUACCCGGACUGGCCAACAGUAGUGACAAACGCUCUCUGAGGGCAGGAAAAAGUCCUGUUAGCCCUUGUCUUCCUGGUCUUCCAGGCCCUCCAGGAGCUCCUGGGGUUCCAGGACACCCAGGAGAACCAGGAACGAGAGGGGACCCAGGAGACAGGGGCCUGCCUGGCCCACGGGGCCCGCGGGGAGACAUGGGACCCAUGGGUCCAGAGCCUGACCUGAAACACUUGAAAAGAGGCCGCAGGGGGCCGGUGGGACCUCCUGGGGCAACAGGAAGAGAUGGACUAAAGGGAGACAGAGGAUCUCCUGGUCCCAGAGGUCCACCUGGACCGCCCGGCUCCUUCGACUUCCUUUUGCUAAUGAUGGCUGACAUCCGCAAUGAUAUAAUUGAACUGCAGGAGAAGGUGUUUGGGGAGCGGCGGGGCAUUUCUCUGGACAGUCCUCCUCAUUCCAGUGGAGAAAUGGAUUUUGUAGAGUGGGGCUCUGGACAAGGAGACCUCCUGCUCAGUACCUGACCUCUGACCUCCCGCACACAGUAACAGUCACUCAAACCCAGCAAACAAACACCAAACUUGACCCUUUGUUUCUUCUUUGAUAAAGGAGGCUGUAAAUAAUCUCUAAUCCUGGGUAAGGAGCCUUGAUUGCAUUCUUGACACUGCAACAUACAGUGAAACUGAGAGACACGAGGAUUAUGAAGACAGAAACUGAACCGCAAAGUCUCUGAACCACUGCAAGCCCAGUCUGGCUGCCUUUCAUAGGCUGUGGUGUGAGUGAGGGGUCUGUGUGCAGGACAUAGAGUGAGAAAGAUGGCUUUAUGUCUGAGCUGGGUAUCUGAACUGAACCACUUCAAACGGUGGACUUUAUCGUCUACAUCUCUUCCUGUUCCUGAGUCUGCCCAUGGAAGCUCUGCUGCCACUGACAGUCUGCCUGCAGGGCGUUGGUACAAAGACCCAGGACCCGCACUGUGAGCCCCCCCUGCACCUGCCUGCAGUAUCCAGCCCUCAAGUCUGAGCUCUCAGGCACCUUCAGAGAGUAAUUCACGAGAUUCAUGAGAAUUACAAAUCCCAAUCCUGUGCUGUUGGACAAAAGCAGUCAUGUCUGAUCGAUUUUUCAAAAUUUACAAUGAAACAAAUUUAAAUAUAUAAAACUUAAAACUUUUACCACAAAUUAUGUUCAACCAUAUAUAAGCAAAGAAAGAUGUUAAAUAUAUAUAAUACAUGCAAACUUUGGACAGAUUAUUUUAAAUGAGGACAUUAAAAAGAUUUAAUGGAUUUAUGCAUUGGAAAAGGUCCGGGGAGAAAAAUAUUUUUUAAAUGACUUUUAUAACCCAUAUAUUAUCAGGCAAGUCAACUGUGAACAUAUUUUUAAUCAGAGAGAUGGCCUGAAGUGAACUGUUCAGGGGGACAAGGAGUGCACAUAUUUUCAUACUUUCACCAGGGAGUUGACCAGAAACAAGAGACAUAAAGAAAGAAGGCUGCUGAAAGUUUUGAACUGUGAAGCAGCUGUCAACUGGGAUAACUCACUGAUUAAUAAAAAUUUGUAUAAAUCUA